AUGCCUUUUGAAGUUCUUCUUAUUGUUGAACCACUCUUGCCUCAUCUCAUAGGUGAUCCUCGAGUCCAGGAGACUAAGUUGAUAUGGGUUGAACCAGAAUUAACAUGUUGGGUCCAGAACUCCAAUGCAGAGCAAAAUGGAGAACUGGCACUGGAAAUCACAGUGGAAAAGAUAGCGGCUGCACAGAACGGUGGCACCUGGGGCGUAGUAAUGGAUGCAUGUGUCCCUGUGAUGGAUCUAAUUGACACCACCAGAUCAACUGAAGUUUAUAUUGAAAGGUUUCUUAUGUUCUGCCCUCCUCUCAGAUCAUUCUUUCAGCACCUUUCCAAGGCUGUUGGGAUAGUUACAAAAUCAGUUCUCACGGAGCACCUGAUAACCGUGGCAAGCAGCAUGACCUGCACAGGUAGCUUGCAUGGCUUCAAUAGAUCUGGUUAUGAGGCCACAUUCCAGUCCCUAAAGGUUCAGGCACCAUUUACGAAAGCUACACUGUCUCAGUCGGGACUGGCUCAGCUUUCAAAAUCGACUGGAACGAUGAGAACCAGUCUGCAAGCAACGAAAUACUCAGAGUACAAUUUAUAUGACUUCCUCGAAGCCGUUGGAACAAUAGGAGCUACUGAACAGAAGACAGAUGUUCCUCACAGUUUAUGCUUGUAUGACGUUGACCAGCUUCCAGAGGACGAAGUUCAAGAGGAUGAGGUGGUAUGUUUGGGUGGAACUAGACCAAUAUCAUGGACAGACAAGCCAAAAGGUGAUUCCCUGAGGCAUGAUUUUAUGGGUAGGGCUGGGAUGUGCAGCACUGUACAGGAACACCAGGGAAUGCAAAAUAAGAUAAAAUGGAACUCAAUUCCAAACUGGAGAAAUGAUAAGCCAAUGAGCCCUCCCCGUACAGCUUUUGCAGAAUCAACUAGCACCAGAGGACAGAACAAGAGACGGUUUACUGGCCAAGUAUAUGCGCGAAAGCAACCAAAGCAUAGCUGGAGCCAAGCUGCGACACACAAAGAUAACAAGCUAAGUUGGUAUAGAGAAAAUGUUGCAGGUGCACAGGACUUCGCCAAUGCAGAAUCAUCUAGCUCAAGUGGAUGGAACAGGAAGAAUUGUGGUUUUGGUCGAGGUGGUCGUAGAGGUGGCGGUAGAGGCAUGUGGAAAUCAGAGGGAUCACACCGUGGAGGCAGUAACAACAGGAACUGGAGAGCCCAGAAUACCAACAGUGCUAGACAAGGAAGGGACAGUAGUUUCAUACCAGUGGAGCAGCAGAUAUACGCACAAAUAUAA